AUGAGGAGCUUUGUGUGCCUUCUAUUAGCUGUAACUACAGCAGUUGUUAGUGCUGGGGGAAGUCAUCAUCAUCAUGAUGCUGGACACCAUGAUGUCCAUUUCCAGCAGAACUCUGGAAUUUCCGGUGGAAUCCAUCAAGGAGUUGGAGUACAAAACGUUGAAUAUUCUCAAGGAUACCAACACGGUGGUGUACAAAAUGUAGGAAUCUCUGGUGGAAUUCAGCAUGGUGGAAUUUCUGGCGGUUUCCAACAAGGAGGUUUCCAACAAGGAGGUUUCCAACAUGGAGGUUUCCAACAAGGUGGUAUCUCUGGUGGAUUUAGAGCUGGAAUUGCCCAAGGAAUUAGCGGUGGUGUUUCUGGAGGAAUUGGAGCUGGAAUCGGAGGAGGAAUUGGAGGUGGAAUUGCCGGAGGAAUUGGAGGUGGAAUUGGAGGAGGAAUUGGAGGUGGUGUUGCUCAAGUUAGCAGCGGACCAGCUCUAGUCCAACACAAAGUUGUUACUGUCACCAAGCAAGUUCCAGUCCAUGUCCCACAACCCUACCCAGUUACUGUUACCAAGAAGAUCCAAGUUCCAAUUCCACAACCGUACGCCGUCCACGUACCAAAACCAUACCCAGUUCCAGUCCAAGUGAAAGUCCCAGUUCAUGUUCCUCACCCAUAUCCAGUCAAAAUCACUCAACAAGUUCCAGUCAAGGUUCCAGUGUACGUUAAAGUACCACACCCAGUCAGAGUAGAGGUUCCAGUCCCAAAACCAUACCCAGUCGAAGUCAUUAAGCACGUGCAAGUCAAAGUACCAACCCCAGUCUACGUGAAAGUCCCAGUCCCAGUCCAUACCCAUACCAAAGAGAUCCGCACCCAAUCUGUUCAACCAGCUAUCUCUCAAAUCGCUACCCAAUCUGCUGGACCACAAAUCCAAUUCUCUGGUGCUCAAGGUGGUUUCCAACAAGGUUUCUCCUCCGAAGGCAUUCAAUCUACCGGUGGCCAAGCCGGAUUCUCCACUCAAGGAAUUCAAACUAUCGGAGGCCAAUCAGACUUUUCCUCCCAAGGAAGCCAAUCUUUCGGAAACGAUGCUGGUUCUUUCUCUUCCUCCAAUUUUGGAUCUUCCGACAUCGGAGCCCAAGGUGAUUUUGAUAUCAAUGCCCAAGGCGGCGGUUCUUUCGAAUCUUCCGGAUAUGGCAACGGCGGAUUCUCCACCACCGGAUUCUCCAGCUCUGGAUCUGAUGUCCAGUCCCAAGCAAAUUUCGACUUGAAUGCUCAAAGCAUCGGUGGAAGCGCACACAAUGGCCUUAACGUCCAAAGCUCGUACAACACUAAUCUUUCAGCGGUUACAUUCCAAGCAGGGAAGGAGGCAUGUACAAUAACCAAGGUUACAAUACUUAUGCCGGAAACUGGAAGUGGUAAACUUUUAGAAUGCCUUUUCUUAGCUAUAAGUGCUGCAGUUGCUAGUGUAAGCGAAAAUCAUCAUCAUGGAAUUGCUGGUGGUAUCCAACACGGUGGAUUCUCUGGAGGAAUCCAACACGGUGGAAUCUCUGGAGGAAUUCAACACAGUGUAAUCCAACAUGGUGGAAUCUCUCAAGGUGGUUUCCAACAAGGAGGAUUACAAGGUGGAUACCAACAAGGAGGAUUCCAACAAGGUGGAUACCAACAAGGAGGAUACGAACAAGGAGGAUAUCAACAAGGAGGAUACCAACAAGGAGGAUACCAACAAGGAGGAUACCAACAAGGAGAAUACCAACAAGGAGAAUACCAACAAGGAGGUUUCCAACAAGGCGGUAUCCAACAGGAAGGUUUCCAGCAAGGAGGAUUCCAACAAGGAGGUGUUGAUUCUCAUCAUAUUGGUGGAGGAAUCGGUGGAUCUUCUGCUGUUCAACAAAAAGUGAUCACCGUCUUCAAGCAAGUUCCAGUGCAAGUACCACAACCCUACCAAGUUAUUGUUACCAAGAGAGUCCCAGUCCAAGUUCCACAACCCUACACUGUUCACGUACCAAAACCAUACCCAGUUCCAGUUCAAGUGAAAGUACCAGUUCAUGUACCACAACCCUACCCAGUCAAGAUCACCCAACAAGUCCCUGUUAAGGUUCCAGUCUACGUUAAAGUAGCACAGCCUGUGAGGGUUGCUGUUCCAGUUCCAAAACCAUACCCGGUGGAAGUAAUUAGGCAUGUCCAAGUCAAAGUACCAACUAUAGUCUACGUGAAAGUCCCAGUCCCAAUUCAAACCCAUUCCCAAGAAAUCCGUGCCCAAAACGUGCAACCAGCAUAUGGUGCAGGAAUCUCCACCCAAGUAUCUGGAGCUCAUGGUUACACCGCUAAUGGAGCUCAACAGGGUUUUUCCUCCCAAGGACCUCAAACUUUUGGUAACAGCGGUGCUUCUUACAUCUCAUCUAACAUUGGCUCUGCUCAUAUUGGUUCCCAAGGAGAUUUCAAUAUUGGUUCUCAGGGAGAUUACAACAUUGGUUCCCAUGGUGAUUUCAAUAUUGAUACCCAAUCAGAUUUCAACAUUGGUGUCCAUGGCGGUGAUUCUUAUGGUUCUUCUGGAUUCUCAUCCACUGGAUUCUCUGGAUCUGAUUUGAAUAAUCAAGGAAGCUCGAGCAAUGGCCUUAACAUGCAAAACUUCCAAAAUUCUUACCAUAGCAGCUCUUUCAAUGGAUACAUUCCAAGCAAAGUAGGUGGCAUGUACGGCAACGUAGCUCACAGUACUUACGCCUCAAAGUAUUAA